UUGUUGUGGACUUCAGAUUUGGCUACUCUUCUCAACUCUCUUCGACUUCUUAUGUUCAAUUAUCUGUGAUUCCAUUACUAUUGUGUUCAAUUUAUUGUGUAAUAUCUCUUUAUAUCCUGAUGGCCACCAAGUGUUCGAUAAAAGUUCCCCAUGAGGGAUUUUGGGGUUGGUUCUUCUGUUAGCUUAAAUUAGCAAUAGCGUUUGUUGUCAAAUUGAAUCCACUUUUAAUAAGGGUUAAUGUUGCGUUCUGUCCCAUUUAUCAAAAGAAGUAUCACUAUCUGAAAGUUGAUAAUAUGCGAAGAAAGUAGAUGGUUAUCCAAGUGAUAUUUUUGCAAGGAUUUCAAUAUUGCUGCUGUUCUCGUCUACUGCUGUGACACUCGUCUCCUCACUACUGCUCCGUCUCUCGUCUCUCCUAUCAAUCUCAACCUGCAGUUGUGACUACUGAAUACGAAAGGCAAUGGAAGAUCAGCGAUCUUUCAAUAGCCCUAGAAGGACCCUUAGUUAUUCUAGAAACAGGGGAGCAACCAUCUCCGUUUUUGAAGCAGACAACAAGGCUUCUGGUGUUGCUGUUUCGGGAGAGCAUGGUCCUAACCCUUCGGAAGUUUACGGGUUUGUAGGAUCCAUUUCGACUGUUGUUGCUACAGUUAUAUUCAUGGCAUGGGCCUAUGUUCCUGAUCCUUGGUUGCAUUCUAUCGGGAUCUUCUACUAUCCAAGCAAGUACUGGGCAUUGGCGCUUCCGGCUUAUGCCAUUGUGACAAUUGCAUCGAUCUUUCUAUUCUACAUCGGCCUCAACUUUAUGGCAACUCCACCUCAGACAUCCUUGAACUCGAUAUUUGAUGAACACAGCAGAGAACCCGUGUGCUCUGAUCGUGCGUCGGAAGAAGAUGAUCAACCCAUCGAGCCUUACUCUGAUAUCGGCAUCGACCAAAUCAAUGAACUCAUGUUCAAAGAUUGACCAAAUAUGGUGAUUGUUUCAAGGUGUAUGAUGCUGCACAGGAAGAAUUUUCUGAACUUAAAUCGCAAUUUCAACAGCUAACUCUAAAAUAAAGUUUUUGGAGAAUUAGAGAUUAUUUUGUUCUAACAGCUACUCUAUUUUAAAAUACAGAGAGAAGAUACAUAUCUUCAAAUUUGUAGAAAUCCUUAAAACUCAAUUGUUUUCAUCAAUGAGGUUGAAUGUAUUAUUAUUUUUAGGGUUAAAUGUAUGAAAUAG